CGUGCGCCUCUGGUUGGUGACGUUUAACCACUCGCUCGUGUGUCAGGCGAGCGCGCUGUACGCACACCGUUCAGUGUACGACCGAAUUCGCGAUGACGACCCAGCAGAAUCCGCCUUUGACUCGAGGAAUUGUUAAACAAGUUCUCUCCGGAGACUCUGUUAUCAUCCGUGCAUUGCAAGGUGCGCCCCCACCAGAGAAACAAAUCAUCUUCUCCGGUGUCACCGCACCGAAACUCGCACGCCGCGCCGUCGAAGGCGCUGAAGACACCAAGGACGAACCAUGGGCAUGGGACGCACGUGAAUUCCUCCGCAAAAAACUCAUCGGCGAAGAAGUGAGCUUCAAAUUCGAGAAGCCACCAAACGCGACACGUGAAUACGGGGUUGUCUACCUUGUCAAAGAUGGCGUCCCUGAAAAUAUCACCGAGAGCCUCGUCAAGGAAGGUUUGGUCACCGUGCGCCGUACACCUGACAACGCAGGCCUGGCUGAAUUAGAAGACGCUGCCAAAGCCGCAGGCAAAGGUAAAUGGGGCCCGAAUCCAUCCGAGCAUGUCAGAGACAUCAAAUGGUCCAUUGAGAAUAUGCGCGCGUUUGUCGACAAAGCCGGUGGCAAACCCAUCAAGGCAAUCGUUGAACACGUCCGUGACGGUUCCACAAUCCGCGCCUUCUUGUUACCAGAGUUUAAUCAUAUCACUCUGAUGAUUUCCGGUAUCAGGUGUCCAGCGUUCAAGAUUGACGAUAAAGGUAGACCUGACGCAAGCGUAGAAGUUCCUUUCUCAAAGGAAGCAAGAUUCUACGUUGAAACCAGGCUUCUCCAGAGGGAUAUUGAGGUUAUCCUUGAGUCUGUCAACAAUAAUAACUUUGUUGGUACAAUUCUGCAUCCAAAGGGUAACAUUGCCGAAGCUUUACUCUCUGAGGGUCUUGGUCGUUGCGUUGAUUGGUCCAUCGCUUUCAUGAAAUCCGGCGCGGAUAAACUGCGCGCUGCUGAAAAGAAAGCAAAGGACGCUAAGAAACGCAUGUGGAAGGAUUGGCAGUCCAAUGCGCCGAUUAUCCCCAAUAAGGAUAAGGAAUUCUCCGGUACGGUUGUUGAAGUUGUCAACGGUGAUGCCCUGAUGGUCAAGAUGCAAAGCGGGCUGGUGAAGAAAAUCUUCCUGUCUUCCAUCCGACCUCCCAAGGAGGCUGGCCGUGCGGAGGGUGAAGAUGGUAAACCAGUGCCGCGUCCGAAAGGCUUCCGUCCUCUGUACGACAUUCCGUGGAUGUUUGAGGCGCGUGAGUUUCUGCGCAAGAAGUUGAUUGAUAAGAAGGUGCAUGUUUCGGUGGAUUACAUUCAGGAGGCGAGGGAGAGCUUCCCGGAGAAGACCUGCGCUACGGUGACGAUUGGUGGUGUGAAUGUUGCUGAAGCGUUGGUUUCCAAGGGCUUGGCGACUGUGAUCAGGUACAGGCAGGAUGAUGAUCAGCGCAGUGCGCAUUAUAAUGAUCUCCUGCAGGCUGAGACCAAGGCGGCCAAGUCGCUGAAGGGUGUGCAUGCGAAGAAGGAUAUUCCUAGUCAUCGUGUGCAUGAAAUUGAUUCCGCUAAAUCGAAGCAAUACUUCUCCUCCUUCCAACGUGCUGACCGUGUAAACGCCAUUGUGGAGUUUGUGGCGUCCGGAUCGAGAUUACGUCUGUACAUCCCUAAAGAGCAUUGUUUGGCGACGUUCUUGCUCGGUGGAAUCAAUUGCCCACGUGGUGCGCGUCCUGCAAUGGGUAAUCAACCACCCACUGCUGCGGAACCUUUCGGUGAGGAAGCGCUGGUCUUUACCAAGGAGCGUUGCCUCCAAAAGGAGGUGACCAUUGCUGUGGAAUCCACAGACAAGGCUGGUAAUUUUAUCGGUUGGUUAUGGAUCGAUAAUGUUAAUCUUUCUGUUGCGCUGAUUGAGCAUGGUUACGCUGCGAUGCACCCGAACGCUGACAGGUCGAAAUACUAUCGUGAAUUGAAGAAUGCUGAGGAUAGCGCGAAGGCUGCCAAGUUGCGUCGUUGGAAGAAUUAUGUUGAGGAACAUGAAGAAGAACAGAAAGUUGAGGAAGACAGAGCGAAUCCCGAACGCGCUUCGAAUUACGAAGAAGUUGUCAUUACUGAAGUGACGCGUGAGGGUACCAUCUACGCGCAGCUGGUUUCGAAAGGGCCCAAAGCCGAAGCGAUGAGUGUUAAACUGCGUCAAGAGUUCCAAGCCAACCCGCCACUUCCAGGAGCGUACACGCCGAAGCGUGGAGAUAUUUGCGCUGCCAAGUACUCGGUUGAUGACGAGUGGUAUCGCGCAAAGGUUGAGAAAGUUACUGGCGGCGAAGCGAAUGUGCUUUUCAUUGAUUACGGUAAUGCGGAGACGUUGAGCACGUCGCGAUUGGCUAGUUUGCCCGCUGGUUAUACCAGUGAUAAGGCGCUGGCGACGGAGUAUUCGCUUGCAUGCGUUACGCUGCCGAAAGAUCCCGAGUACUUGGAGAUGUGUCUCAAGUACCUGCGCGAAGACACCAGCAAUCGUGUACUGCUGCUGAAUGUCGAGUACCGCGCGCCUGGGACCCCGCCUGCUGUCACCCUGCUUUCUGAGAAUCGUGAAGAUGAUAUCGUCAAGAAUCUGAUCACGGAUGGUUUGCUUUUGGUCGAGAAGAGACGAGAGCGACGAUUGGCCAAACUCUUGACUGAAUACAGAGCAGCUCAGGAUGUCGCCAAGAAGAACCACUCGAACAUUUGGGAGUACGGCGACAUCACCGAAGACGACGCCAACGAGUUUGGCCGCUAGCCAGCUGACAAAUUAAACUAAAAUUGCCGUUCAUUAGUUUACACGCGCGGGUGAGACGCACGGGGGUAGUACGAAUGUUUAUAUAUACAUUUAUAUAACACACACACACAGACACAUUUACACACGAUUUCCAAGCGCGCAUUUCAUAUAUAUGUAUAUAAAGCGGUAAAUAAUUGAUUCGAAAGUGCAAGCGGUGCAGAUAUAUAUAUUAUUAUGGAUCAGGAGCAUUCUUUUUGCAGGCAAUUUUUAUAGAUGUUUUAUAUAGAUGUAUAUAUUUGGAUUUGUAAUUUAAUAUUAAUGAAGGCGACAGCGAUGAGAGGAUGGCGGUGCAUCUGCAAGACUGGCGAUACGACCAUUUUGAGUUUUUGUAAGAACUGAUCAUCUUUGUUGAAUGUUAGUACCGGCGUGCGGCACACGUGCAAAUUCAUUCUUCUUUUUUUUUAUACGAAACUAUUUGUGGGACAUUGUAUUUUAUAACCGAGGCGUAAACAAAUGAUUUAUGUUUCGUUGGAUAACCGAGGAACGAUUAAAAUGAUUGAUAUAUAA